GUGCGCGUCUGUCCUUUUAAUCGCUUGUGUGGGUGCGCGUGUGUGCAUAGUCAGUGAUUUUCUCUUUUACUUUUUUAAAACAGAUAGAUGGAAAGUGCUUCAAAUGUGUUAAACGCAUUUAGUUCGUGCUGUUUGUGUUUAUUAAGUACUUAAAGAUAACUAGCACACAGUAACCCGGCUGCAUGGGCUACUUGUGAAAAAAUCACAUUCACACGCACAAUACGGAGCUAGUCUUAUAUACAUAUGUAGGUGUGAGUGCAUGUGGGUGCAUGGCGAACAAUUAAAAAAGAGAAUAGUGUUUAGCAAAACAUUUAAAAACGAGAGAGAUUUUGAAUUACAGUGGAGUAGAAUUCAAGUUCGAGUUUGCCGAAAAUGUGAUUAAAAUUAUUCUUUGGCUAAUCAGAUGUAAAUUAUACCAGCACUAUAAUAAUUAAUUGCGUUUGCUAAACAUGAAGUAUUUUGCCAUAAACCGCAAGGCGCUGUAAAUGCGACCAUGAAAAAAAUGAUAUUUUUCCACUGUUGGGACAUUUUUUGCGAAUAAGAGCAGCAGAGAGAGUAAGAGAGUAAGAGGUAAUUUUUAUGCCCACAAUGCUUGUCUUUGAACGAAAUGCCUUUGAUCCCAUUUGACGUGUGCAUGGCGUGGGCACAAAAAGAGUUUUAAUAGCUGUGUGCUUUGUCGGCUUAGCGUAGGCGCGAGGGAAAUUUAGUUUGUGCACUUCGGUCCUUUUAAUCGCUGGCAGAUUAACGCGUGUGUCAAAGUUUUUGUUGUGAUUAAUUAAAACUUCCCAAAGUGUGCUGAAAUCGUGUGUGUUUAUAAAGUACUAAAUAGUUCAGAAUGCAGCUAACAGCUGAGCAGAAGUCAAGCUUUGCAAAUUUUACAGUGUGAUGUGAUUGAAGUUCAAUAGCCAAACAAGCAGACGUCAAGCAUAAGGACUUGCCAAGAGGAGGAACACAAAGAGCCACAGCAGCGGCAGCAGCAGCACUAGAAGAAGAAGACAGGACGCCAAGACCCAAGUAGAAUUCGCACACUGUGGCCAGAACGACGAGGAGCAGCAAACCGAAUGCAGUAUCUCAACUACGCUCUGCAAACAUCCACGCGACUGCUGACCAGCCACAGCCACAGCCAGAGUCAAAGUCAAAGUCAGAAACAGUUUGAGACGAAACUCAAUCAGAAUCAGCAGCAGCAGGAGCAGCAGCAGCAGCAGCAGGAGCAGCUGAAGCAGAAGCAGCAGCAGAAGCAGCAGCAUCAUCAGAAUCAGCAUCAACGUCAGCGACAACGUCAAAUAGCAGCAAUUGAGGCAGCAGCAGCCGCAGCCACGCCCAUUGAAGAGCAAAUAGCAAACGCCUGCUGCAGUCGUGGAGCCCAAUUGCUGCGGCUGCGUCAACAGGAAUUGCUAAAGCGACGCGCGCUCGAAUUGGAGGAUCAGUUGAACGGGAACAUUGAUAGCUGGGAGAGCGACGCCAAUAGCAGCGAGGAGGCCGAAGAGGGAGCGGUGGGUGGACAGCAGUCAGAGCAAACAGAGCAGCAGCAGGAGCAGCAGGAGCAGCAGCAAAAGCAACCAGAGCAACUGAAGCAGCAGCAGCAGCAACAGCAGCGGCAGCAGCUCGAGCCGCAGCCGGAACGUGAGCCGCAGCCAGUCCAAUGA